AUGGAGAAUGAAUUCAACUGGUGGAAGACUGAAAGCCGUAGCUUUGGAGUUUAUGGAACAACGGUGGCCAACUUCUUUAAAAUCUUUCCACAGAAUCCAGAUGUUAUACAACCCAAACCUGACCACUGCAGGACUUGUGCAGUGGUGGGUAAUUCUGGUAAUCUAAGGAGAUCGCAUUAUGGACCGCUGAUAGAUUUACACGAAGUUGUCAUAAGAAUGAACACUGGUAUUACCAGAGGCUUUGAAAAAGACGUUGGGAACAAGACAACUCAUCGUGUCAUGUAUCCAGAGAGUGCUGUGGAUGUGGAUGACAACACUCAUUUUGUGCCGUUUCCUUUUAAGAUACAGGACUUUGAGUGGCUCAUUAAUGCCUCUACAACAGGUUUUACUGGAAGGUCAUAUAUGCCAGUGAAAUCAAAGAUCAAAACUAACAAGGAUUUGGUUAUGGUGGUAAAUCCAGCUUUUAUGAAAUAUGUACAUGAGGUUUGGCUUGGAAACAAAGGACGUUAUCCAUCCACUGGCUUUAUGGCUUUGAUUCUUGCACUUCACAUUUGUGAUGAGGUUAAUGUGUUUGGUUAUGGCGCUGAUAGUGAUGGAAACUGGAGUCAUUACUGGGAAAUACUCACAAACAAAGGGUUAAGAACUGGGGUACAUCCUGGAAGUUAUGAGUAUAACAUCAUCCAGCAACUAGAUCAGCAACAAAAAAUUAAGUUCUAUGAAGGCCUAACGAAAAAAAUGUGA